AUGUCCGGCCGCAAGCUGGGAGGCGGCCGCAUCUUAGGCAGCGGCAAAGGCCUCGCCCCUCCCACGCCUCCCGCAGUCCAGGGCCACCGACGAACACCAAGUCCCUUUGCUCCCUCCGAGAGUACCCUGUCACUCAAUUCAUCUUCGGCUUCGCCUCCUGUGUCGAGUCCUCUGCCCGAUUACCCUCAGGAUCUGACGUCAAACAUCAGUGUUGGGGGUCCCUCGCGGUCCGCCACCUCUGGUUCGAAGCUGGUCUGCCCAAUAUGCGAAGAGGAAAUGUUGACGCUGCUUCAACUGAACAGACAUAUCGACGACAACCAUCAAGAACUGCCCGAGGUCGAACAGGAUGAAGUCAGGACAUGGUUCGAUAAGCAGGUGCUUAAAGCCAAGAAAUUCCAACCUCUUUCGAUAAUCAACCAAAAGCUUCGAGGGCUCGAUGUCUUUGAAUCGAACGAGUCCAUGCCAAUUGCCCCGCCAACAACGGCGAAGCUCAUUGAAGGCCCGAUCGAUCCGGAUGAGCUGAUCACGCGGUCGCAUUGGCAGCGCCAAACGAGCAACGACCGAUGCACCGACCCAACAUGCGCGAAAGGACUGGGAGCGGUAAACGGGAGCAUCAACUGCAGAAAUUGCGGCAGAUUGUUCUGCGAGGAACACACCAUGUACCAAAUGAGGUUAUCUAGGUCCGCCCAGCAUGAUCCUGUGCGGGGGUACUGGGUCAGAGUGUGCGAGACGUGCUACAAAUCACGCGACGGCUACAACGACCACAACGGCGUGCUAGUCGACCACACAUCAACUUUUGCAGAAAUGCGACGGAAGAGGGUGGAGAGGCAGAACUUGGAGGUGGCCCGACUGGAGAAGCGUUUAACGAAGCUUACGCAACUGCUUGCGAAUGCGCCCGAGGACGUCACGGCCAAUGGUGGGAACCUGCUUUCGCCGGUAGCGAGCUUGACUGGCCAAAAAAACCAGAGAAAGUUAUUGGAGCAAUCGGUUGUCACCUGGGAGGACGAUGCUUCUGUCACACAAUGCCCAUUCUGCCAGCAAGAGUUCGGAUCGUGGACGUUUAGGCGGCACCACUGUCGGAUAUGCGGGCGGGUGGUUUGCGCCGACCCAUUGACGGGUUGCUCGAGCGAGGUGGGCUUGAGCGUAGCUAAUCCCAUGAAUCCUACGACGGAGAAGCCGCCUACGGCAGCACGACCCGGUCAGAUGAGUGUCGAUAUUCGCAUGUGUCGCGAUUGUAACCACACGAUAUUCUCAAAACGAGACUUCGCCGCCACUAUCUUGCAUAAACCGCCCGACCAGCGCGCCUACGAAACGCUUCGGCAGUUCGAGCGUGGCAUUCGCCAGCUUAUGCCUAUUUUCCAACGAACCUUGCUGGCUCUUCAACCGGAGGGCGAGGAUGGUUCGGAUACCUCCAAGCCACCUCCUACUCAUGCGCAGAUUCAAGAAGCAUCGAAAAUUCGAAAACGUCUCACCGACGCCUUUACGAAGUACGAUACGGCGGCACGUCGCUUGCGGGAUAUGAAGACGACGUCCAAAACGCAACUGCGCCUACAACAGGCCGUCUACGCGGCCGCCUCGACCUUCCUGCAUACCCAUAUGCUGACGCUCAAAUCUGUUCCGCAGAUCUUGCGGUCUCGAUCGUCGCACUCAUCACGGCUACUUGCUCUGCAGUCGGGUAGCGCCAACGGCUCCUCGUCGUCUUUGCACCUAUCGCCCCUCCGCAACGGAGAACUCGCCGAGUCCGAGACGGCAAGCCAAGCGAGCGAGGCCAGCACCGCCGUAUCGCAGCUCGAAACGGAAGAAAAGGAGGCGCGGGAGCGUCUGGUAGUGCUCGAGGAGCAACGGUUCAUGGUACAGCAGAUGGUGGAUUCCGCGCGCGGAGCGAGACGGUUCGAGGAGGUCAGCGCACUUACACGCAACGUCGAGGAGCUCGACAAGGAAAUCGAACAGGCCAAGAGACUUGUGGGUGGCGUUGAAGAGCGGUGGGAGGGGCUGUACGCGUCCGGUCUGACGCGAUAA